CCUGCGGAUGUCCGUCCUCUGAGCGCUUCCGACGGGUUCCCCGGGAGUUGGCUGGCAGAGCCCCGUCUGAUCGCUUGCAGCCUUGUGGUUUGCGAGGUGGCCGACCUGAGUCAGGGCUUCUGCAGAGCUGAGCCUGCCUGUCACAGAUCGAUAAUAACGGGGACCGAGCGAGCCGCAGCGCUGUGCUUUCAGACCAUGAAUCCCACCCUCUAGUGUGAAAAAAUUAACGGCACGGAAAUUAGAAUAGAAUAGAAAGUUACCGUGUCAAAGGCCCAGGAUGGUCUAAACGUUUGUGAGGCUGGAUAUCAAACCCAGAGCCUCGCGUUUUUGAGUCUCAUUCGGGCCUGAACACCCUGCCCCAGAGAGUCCUGCGGAAGGAGCCUGCUGGGACCCCUGCACUGGCCCUCAUGAACCGGUCCAAUGUCCAGUCCACAGCUGCCCCUGGCCAGAAGUUGGCUGAAAAUGUCAGUCGGGGCCCCACUGCCUUGCGGUCCCUCACUAUUGAUGACUUUGAGAUCGGACGUCCUCUGGGCAAAGGCAAAUUUGGAAAUGUGUACUUGGCUCGGGAGAAGAAAAGCCACUUCAUUGUGGCCCUCAAGAUCCUCUUCAAGUCUCAGAUUGAGAAGGAGGGCGUGGAACACCAGCUGCGCCGGGAGAUCGAAAUCCAGGCACACCUGCAACAUCCCAACAUUCUUCGGCUCUACAACUACUUCUAUGACCGCCGGAGGAUCUACUUGAUCCUGGAAUAUGCCCCGAGGGGAGAGCUGUACAAGGAACUACAGAAGAACCGGACUUUCGAUGAGCAGCGGACAGCCACGAUCAUGGAGGAACUGUCGGACGCGCUGAUGUACUGCCACAAGAAGAAGGUGAUUCACAGAGACAUAAAACCCGAGAACCUGCUGUUAGGUCUCCAGGGGGAGCUGAAGAUUGCGGACUUCGGCUGGUCUGUGCACGCCCCUUCCCUGAGGAGGAAGACCAUGUGUGGCACCCUGGACUAUCUGCCCCCAGAGAUGAUUGAGGGGCGCAUGCAUAACGAAAUGGUAGAUCUAUGGUGCAUCGGGGUGCUCUGCUAUGAGCUGAUGGUGGGGAACCCACCCUUCGAGAGCCCUAGCCACAGUGAGACAUACCGUCGCAUUGUCAAGGUGGACCUGAAGUUCCCCGCUUCUGUGCCUGAGGGCGCCCAGGACCUCAUCUCCAAGCUGCUCAAGCAUAACCCCUCAGACCGGCUGCCCCUGGCCCAAGUCGCUGCUCACCCCUGGGUCCGGGCCCACUCUCGGAGGGUCCUGACUCCCUCUGCUCUUUAGCCUGCUUCUUGGUUUUUGUCCCUGUCGUCGUCGUCGUCGUCGUCGUCGUCGUCGUCGUCGUCCUUGGCUCGGUUUUGUUUGUGUUUCUGUAUAUGUGUUGGGGGAGGGGGAAGGGGGUUCACAACUGUCCCCAACUCCUGAUCUAGGGACUCUGACCCCUCUUCUGACCUCCACAGGCAAAACCAGGCAUACAUGUGGUGCACAUACAUGUAGGCGAAACAUAUAAAGUUAAAACAACAACCAAAACAGAGCUGGAGAGAUGGCUCAGCAGUUAGGAGC